UGCGAUUUGUUGUUUGGGAGUGUGGAGGAGUUGGUGAGCCACGCGUCGGAUGUGCAUGUUGGGGCUGGGAAAGCGAGUUAUACAUGCCAAUGGCGCGGCUGCACACGCAUGGAACGCCCCUUCACCAAACGCCACAAGAUCCAUAACCACCUGCGCAUCCACACCGGCGAGCGCCCCUUCAGCUGCCCCGUGGCCGACUGCGGGAAGAAGUUCAGCAGGCAGGAUGGGUUGAAUACUCAUAUCAAGACGCAUUCCAACGUGAAACCGUACAUCUGCACCUUCUUCAACUGCGGCAAAGCCUACUACCACUCGCGCUCGCUCCGCAAACACGAGAAAUCGCACUACAUCCCCACC